AUGUCAACCGUCGACGAAUCAGCCAUGAACCAUGACGGUCGCAGGCCUUCAACAUCAUCCGGCGGGCCAUUACCCAUCAUUGGCCUCGACAAUACCCUUCUAGAUGCUCUCAGCAGAUCACCACGCACCAACAGAGGACCGCUCUCUCCGGCAUCACCCAUCUCGCCCGUCCGGCCCUCGACGGCACAGCCCGUCUCAUCCGGCAACUUCCUCACAGUGCCGUCACCAUCACCAUAUGACCUUCCGGAGCCUCGGUCGCCAGCUUACUCUCCAACACAAGAAGAAUUCAUCCCGGAGCCUGUACCGCUUCAUCCGAGGCCGCCGAUCCCACCUGGCUACUCACGGCAUGACCCCACCGCGGCAACGUUUCUGAUGCACUCACCACUCAUCUACUCAUCCUCGGGCUCCUCACCACAGACGCCAACCUACCAGCUCGACAACCGCCUCAGCAAGGCGGGCCGCCCAUACCAACUGCGGAUCCGGCAACUGGACCACCUCGAGAGCCGCACGCUGGCAUUCAGCCGCGACCACCGCACCUCGGGCCGCUUCCUCCGCUACGAGGAGGAGCACACCCUGUACCUGCUGCAGGUGAUGCAGCUGAUCGGCGGGUUCGGCGUCCCCGGGCUGGGCUUCGGCCCCUCGUGGCGCGUCGAGAUGCACCGCGACCCGAACCACGACCACGGCCGGGGCAGAGGGUUCAUCCGCUUCGAGGGCGGGGGGUUCCUCGGCAUGGGGAAGGGGUUCAUGCGCAAGAGCGGGUGCAAGUUCUGGUACAUGACGCGCAAGAGCGACCGCGAGCGCGAGGCGCAGGGCGAGUCGAAGCUGUCCGGGAGGUACGGCUACCAGCCCGAGUUCGAGUGGAACCGGCGGCUCAUGUUCUCGGUCGAGAAGAGGCGCGGCGCGAUGGGGCUUGGCGGGAGGAGCAAGGGGUAUGAGUGGAAGGAUGGCAAGGGCCGGGUCGUGGCUGUCGAGAGCGCCGAGGGCAGGCUGGACUUAUCCCGUGUCGCCGCGAGCAUGAGCCCGCAGUCCAGAGAGUCGUUGCUUGCCUGUUGGGUUGGCAAGUGUUGGGCCUCGGGGGCGUUGGAGCUGUGA